GCUUGACAUUGUUGUUUAUGGCGUGUUUUAAUAAUUUGUCAAAUAGUUGUUGAAUUUUCGGUUUUUAAGGAUAAUGUUAUACUUUAUUGCUUAGUUUCAUAAGUAAAAUUCAAUCAUUUUUUGUGCUUUAUACGUGAAGUCGCUUGAAAUAUAUUUAAAAUGGAAUCUGAUUCCGCUCUUCACGGUGAAUUACCCGAUGGCGCGGAAAUGUCCCCCUUAGAAGAAAACUUGCCUGAUUUAGGGGAAACUUCUGAUAAUAACGUGCCGGCUAAUGAUUCGGAAGCAGUUUCUGUGGAAGAAACAGCAACAAACGGUGCCCCAACAAGCAGUAGUGACGUUUUAGAUGUGGAGCCUGGACUGCAACAAGCUGAUGGAGAAGAACAUUUGUCUGAGCAUGCAGGUCAAGCUGAAGCAGAAGAUGAAAUGGACAUAGAUGAUACAACCCCAGGUCAUAUGGGAGAUGAAUCUGCCUACAUAGGAGACAAUUGCUUGUCUACACCAGCAGCAACUGAAGAUAACUCCCCACAAGAUGACAAUCCAUUAGAUCCUAUAUUGAAGGAGGCCGGGUUGGAUGAGAGUGAGUCGGCUGAUGCUGCACAGGAGGAGUCACCUGACCAAUCUAUAAGUUCUGCAAUGCCCAUAGAAGGGGAUGGUGCACCUAUCAUGCAGGAUGAAGAAUCAAGUACAAUGGAUGAAGACAUGGGAGGAGGUGAGGGUGUGGCCAGCAGUGACGAUGUCAAUGACAUCAGCAGUGCCGCCCAGGAUGUGCUUAGCACAGGCAUCAGUUCAAGUACAGCAGAAGGUGGGGCAGAUAUAUCCAGUAGUGGGCAGAUUGAAGCGGCUCUGAUCACAUCAACUGCCAAUGGCCCCGCUGCGCUUCACUCCUUCUCUAUACUGCCACAAACACAGCCACCUAAUGAUUUCAGUGACGCGGACACGUCUGAGAUGGAGGGUGUGGCGGACACCAUGCCCUCCGUCAGCGAGUCUAUGCCACUGCUCACUGACGCGGCGAAGUCUCAGCUGGCGUUCGUGCGCGUGUACUGCGGCAAGGCCAACACGUGCGUGGUGCCGGUGGCCUCGCUCAGCUCCGCGCACGUCGACUCCUCCACGAAGCCCGCCAUCAUCUUCCGCAUCGCGGCGCGCAACGACAAGGGCUACGGGCCCGCCACGCAAGUCAGGUGGCUGCAAGAUAUAAAAUCAACAGGUGUGAAGCGCGCGGGCGAAGGCCGGCUGCCGGGCGCUUCGCCCUCCAAGCAGCCCAAACAGCUGCUGCACUAAGUGACCCGUUAGUUUGUAAACUGACGAUCACUACAACUUAGUAUAAUUAAAGUAUGGACCUUGAUCGAAAUGUUGGAUGCCUUUCUUAAGUAUUCACUUGUAUAGUUUAACCAGGAAUUAGAAAUCAAGAAUUUCGUUUCACAAUAAAAAUGGAAGUCUAGGAAUUUUAUAUUCUCGGUUAGGCUGUACAUUGUUACAAAUGAAAUGUUAUAUGUGACACUGAAGUAGAACUAUAUUAGUUCAAAAUACAUAUUUGAUCAGCUGAUUUUAAAUACUAUUGUCGUAGAGUUUUACAUUUUUUUUUGUAUUAUUCUGUCUGAUAAAGUUAUUACUAUAAAAUCGAAAAUAUUUUUCGUUAGUUCUGUGAGUCUCGUAUUAAAAUUUACGAGUAUCGAAACGCCAUUGAUAAAGUAUUAGUUUUUUAAUUGGUCAAGUCUCAUACUUUGUUGACGUUACGAAUACUCGCAAAUUUUCGUGUUAGAUAUCCAGAUAUCGCUGAAUUACUGUAAAAAUUUUAUCUCUGUUAUUCUCAAAAAGAAUGAAGGAUAUGGAAAUAUAAAUUCCAAGGAUCGGUACAGUCAGGUCACUUCGCGGUGUUCCACUUUCAGAUUGUCUCUCAGUUUGUUCUACUUUGGUGUUUUGGUUUGUUCUUUGUUGACAAUCAUAUUUGACAAGUACAUGAACAUUGUCGGCGCUGCGACUGAUGGUGUGUAAGUAUACAAGUGGUUAGUUUAAAUAUAUGCAAUAUUUUAUCUACUAUUAUGUAAAAUGACCUACAUGUAAUAAAAAUUGUUUUUACAA